ACCCCCAACCUAGGAAUGGCCAACAUUGUGGUGAAGACCAUUUGGCAGUCCAAGGAAAUAAACGAGGCCGGAGACACACCCACAGGGAUUGAGAGUCGGGCUCAGGGCAGCAAGGAGCAGCUGGGAAAGCCUGCCAGCGUCAAGGUCUUCCCCAAAAAGAAGAAAGCCGUCUCUUUCCAUGGGUGAGAGACCUGGGAAAGGAAAGGGUGGAGGUGGAUUGAGCCCCAUUUGACCGGCGAAAGCCCCAAUCUCAACUUGAAGCGUUCUUCGGCUUGUACCAAUGUUUCUCUCCUGAACCUAACUGAUGGGGAACAUGACGAUUCCACCAUCGAGAAUGAAUCCACAGAUGAUGGGGGCCUGCCAGGGGGAGCAGUGGGAGAAAGACAGGAUUCCCCAAUUCCCAUCAAGCCAGCUUGGUCAGAAGAUGAGGAUGAUACUUCUGGCCAGCAGGAAGUGAGCAGUAGUGGCCUGUUGCGAGCCAAGGACUCCAUCACCAGCCUCAAGGAGAGGACACCCAAGGUCAAGUGCCAUGUUCACAGUCUGCAGAGUGAGUGCACGAUGUUGUGUGAAAACCUGGAGCGGUGCAGGCAGGAGGCUGAGGAUCUGGGAGAACACUGGACCCAGCUGGAGGAAAGCUGCCGAAAGGUAACCAAAUCUGUGGAGGAUGCUGAGAUUAAGACCAGCCUGCUGAAGAAAAACUCAGUCCUCCUGGAGGAGAAGCUGCAUGACUUGCAGCAAAAGGUCGAAGCAGAAGACCUUGGUCGGCCAGAGCUGGAGGAGAUCAGGAAAAGCAUGCUGGAGCUGGCCGGGUGGGCUCAGCGAGAUGGGCUGACCCAGAAGGAGGUGCUGCGGCUGCUGGCCCAGCUGGGGGUGCGCUUGGAGGGAGCGCUUCCCCAGUGGGAGAGGACCCAGGAGGAACAAGGCCGGGUGCUCAGGAUGCUUCGGGAGGAACUGGACGACGUCUCUGCCACAGCAAAGCGGACAUCGGUGUCUCUCACUCAGCUCUGUGCAGACCUGGGUGGGCUCUGGCAAGUGAAGCCACUACUGGAGGAUGUAUCCCGCCACUUUGCCACACUCAGGAACACGGAAGUGCCCGAUCGGCCUCCUCCGAGUUGUGCCAGGUGUUCCAGGUACCUAGUUCAAACCUCGGGGUCAGAACGGAGGAAUGCAGGCCAACCUGACAGUGAGAACCAAAAGGCCAGCUACAGCAUUGUGAAUGCAGAGAUGCUGCGACAGAUGGUUGAGCAGGCGAUGGCACCCGUUCUGGAGGAGCUGAAGCAGCGGGCCCCAUCAGCAGGCAUGUGCCCCAGCUGCCAGCAUUUGCAGAAGAAGAUAAUGGAUCUGGAACAGUCGGCCUUGAAGGCUCAUGCACAAACAGAAGCACUGAGUUCGAACGUGCGUCUGGCCCAGGAUGAGGCCCUGAGAGCCAAAAACUAUCUGGAGCGGACAAGGAUCGCUGUAGAGGAUAAGACCAACAGCCUGGGUUAUCUGCAGGACAAACUGAGCUCCCUCCACUCACAGCUGUCUGUGGUCUCCCAAGAAGGAAUGCCCCAGUCCCCAGCAAACGCCAUCGCUGCUUCCAUCACCCUCAGCAAGCGGAGCUCUUGCCCUGCUGAGCUGAACCGUCACCCCCAAUAAAAGAGGGAGAUGGCCAUGGCCUGCUGUUCUUUCCCCACUUAUUGGAAACCAGAUGGCAGUUUCAGCCCGGAGAAGUCUUUCCCUCUGAACAGAGUGGCCCGCUUUCUGGUGUGUUAGGCUGUGGAAAUGGCCUGGAGGACUGAAAUUGACAGUAGAAUUGACAACCUGGGAAAUAGAUAUAUUUUAUGAAAAACUGGAGUUU